CUGCAUUGUAGUCGACCGCAAGCACGACGCGUCCGACCGUGUACUAUACCACGGAAACUCGCAUCUCUGCGUCCACAUCAUGCCACCGAGAGCUCAGCCCAAGGCAUACGUUCUGCCGCUGAAGACACAUAAGCUCACUGUCUUGCUGACGGCAUCCUUGAACGAUACCAUCGGUACGAUCAAGAAGGAUGCUCUGACAGCACUCAAGGCACCUGUCUUGAAUGCACCGAACCCAUAUCCUGAGUCCGUAAUGGAUGUCGACGAGACUCAGGAUUGGACCGUGCCCACCGUCACUAGCGUGAAAGACUUCGAGCUGUGCAGAGCGAUCAAAGAACGAGGACGACCUACUGGCCAAUACGUUCUUCUCGAGGGCGACAUGCAAGUUAGAAACUGUCUCACGAAUUGGGAAGUGUUGUACGUGCAGUUUAAAGACAACAAUGGCGAGCUGUUACCUGUACAAGUGUCCACUCCGGCACUGCUGGAUGAGGAAGACGAAGAAGCCGAACUUGCAGCGGCGAGGAAAGGAAAACGCAAAGCGCCACCAGAAGACGAGUAGAAAGCUCGACUGUGCUGUGCUGCAUGCUUUCUGUGUUUCUCGGAUUCUUCCUCUUGUAGUCAAGUGUUGUAGCCCAAAUAGUAUCGUCGUCGAGCUCAUGCGUUUUUGUCUGUGGGCCGUGGCGCACCCUUAAAGGCGUCCGAGACGUAUUCAUUGUGAUGGCGGACUCCGCCAUGGUCGUGCGGUCGCUCCCAACGGCAA